AUGCGGCUCUCCCUCUCGAUCCCAGCAGCCCUCUUGGCCCUUGCGGGCUUUCUCGUUGGCCAUGACAAGCCUGCCCUUGUCGAGUUCUUUGCCCCGUGGUGCGGCCACUGCAAGAACCUGAUGCCCACUUGGGAGCAGCUCGCGGACGCGUUCCCCAAGGACAAGGUUCUGAUUGCCAAGACUGACGCCGACGGCGAGGGCCGCGCCCUUGGCGAGCGCUACGGCGUGCAGGGCUUCCCCACCCUCAAGUGGUUCCCCGCCGGCUCGGUCGAGCCCGAGGACUACACUGGUGGCCGUGACCUCGACUCGCUGGUCGCGUUUGUUGCCGAGAAGUCUGGUGUCAAGUCCCUCAUCAAGCCCCCUCCCCCUCCCGCCGCCCUCACCCUCGACUCUAGCAACUUUGACGACGUCGUUGACGGUUCCAAGAAUGUCCUCGUUGCCUUCACUGCCCCCUGGUGCGGUCACUGCAAGAACAUGAAGCCCGCGUACGAGGCCGUCGCGCGCGCGUUUGAGCAGGAGAACAGCCACUGCAUCGUUGCCAACAUGAACGCCGACGAGGCCGACAACAAGGACAUUGCUCACCGCUACGGCGUCCGUUCGUUCCCCACCAUCAAGUUCUUCCCCAAGGGCGAGGACGAGUGGCUCAACUACGACCUGCCCCGCACCGAGGCCGCCUUCACCGACUUCCUCAACGAGCACUGCGGCACCCAGCGUGCGCCCGGCGGCAUCCUCAACGACAUUGCCGGCCGCAUCGCGUCGCUCGACGCCCUCGCGUCCGAGUUCAUCGCCGACAUUCCCUCGCGCGACGACGUCCUCGCCAACGCCAAGGACCUCGUCUCGGGCCUCAAGGCCGACGGCCAGGCUGCCGGCGCCAAGGCCGCCGCCACCGCCGACUACUACCUCAAGGCCAUGGAGCGCAUCAAGACCAAGGGUGACGCCUGGCUCGCCAAGGAGACUGGCCGUCUCUCCAACCUCCUCGCCUCGUCGUCGCUCGCCCCCGCCAAGCUCGACGAGAUUAAGGUCAAGAUCAACAUCCUCAAGCAGUUUGUCGCCAAGAAGGCCGGCGAGCUCUUUGACGAUGCCGAGGCCGCCGCGCAGAAGAUUGUCGGCAAGGACGAGCUCUAA